UACAGUGGUAUUAACGGUAGGCCUGCUAGGUGUUCGUGACUUGUACACUGAUGUCAUUGGGAAACACAUCUGCCGAGCCCUUGUGACCAAGAUGUUCCGUUGUAUUCUGUUGGCACUGGUACUCGGCAAUUACACAAUUUUGGCCCGUGUGCAAAACGGACUGCAUUUUUCGAAGAGCAUAUACAAGCUGACCGUGCCUGAAAACAGCCCUGUCUCCACGAUUGUUGGUCAGCUUAAACCAUCUGGAGAUUUUACUGAGAUAAAGUUACUGGGUGCUGACGUUUUCACUGUUGAGAGUUCAACCGGUAACAUUUUGACCACUAAAAUCCUGAACUAUGAAGAUCGAUCGCAUUACGUGAUGAUGGUCUUGGCAUUAGGGCAAAACUCUGAGUCCAGUUCGGCCACAGUCAUUAUUGAUAUUACUGACAUGAAUGAAAAACCACGCUUUUUACCGAGUCUCUACGACGUUGCCAUACCUUCUAACAUCAAACCAGAUACGCCUGUAUUAACAGUAAUGGCGUUUGACAAGGACACUGGGAUGAACGGCGCAAUAGAGUACAGCAUCAAAGACCCUUCUCCAUACUUAGCAAUAAACCGAGUUUCCGGCCAGAUUACCAUAACUAGACCGCCUCCCACAGAUGACAUACGAGUGACGGUGCUGGCCAGGGACCAAGGGACGCCCAGCUUGUGGACAUCAGCACUGGUCAGGGUAAGAGUCCAGGCAUUGUCUGUCCCAUUACCUUCCCAGUCCGUGACGAGACAGGCUGCACCAGAACGUUCCUUUGAUGUGGAAGUUUCGGAGAAUACGGCGGGUGCAGUGAUACUGAAUCUCAUCCACCCCCUGCCUUGUGUCCCCGGCUCCAGUUACACCAUCACACCGGAUUCUGGGAGGUUUAUUCUCUCUGACGAAAACGCUCUGUUAGUUUCCUUCCCUCUAAACUUUGAGACCCAGCCAUACUACGACCUCACCAUCUCCCCCAAACCAAAUUCUUCUUGCUCAGCAGUUCUCCCGGUAAAUGUUCGAGUAACGGUAAUCGAUGUCAAUGACUACCCACCUAUGUUUUUCGGUGUCCUUUCCCCGCUUCGCGUCCCAGCAAACCUUCCCGUUGGCCGAGUUGUAUACACAUUCCACGCGUGGGACGGAGACCAGCGGAACACUGACAACAGCCGCGUGGACUACAGCUUGGUCUCUGGAAACCCACGUGUGUUUUCUUUGGAUGCCAGGACGGGUCAGCUAACUACCAAGACUGCACUGACUCUUGGAACAGUGUACCGUCUGCGAAUCCAGGUCACCGAUAACGGACAACCACGACUGAGUGGGUUUACUGACAUGGAUAUAGAAGCAUACAGCCCAGCAAUGGGUCAGCCCCAAUUCAGUUCAGGAUUUGUAGCCGUGACGUUCCCGGAAAACACCGCCGCGGGUAACGUUGUAGCGACAGUAUCAGCUAUGGCGGAGCAGUCCGAUGUUCAGGUUGUAUACAGCAUCAUCGGCAGUACAGCUCAGCAAAUGUUCACCGUCAAUUCCACCUCGGGUGUCAUACGUUCCCGGAAGCAGUUCGACAGAGAGAUCAUGGAGCGAACAGCGUUGGUAGUGCGGGCGACCAACGCCAACGACAUCUCACUCAACUCCGAUGUUAUGGUUAAUGUAAUUAUUUCGGACGUCAACGACAACCCACCCGUUUUUCCUUUUGAGGCUAUGACGGCACACAUACCUAGAGAUGCUGUCAAGGGUGCGGUUGUUUACCGGGUGUGGGCCAUCGAUUCUGACAUUCUCUCACAGAUGGUGUACAAAAUAUCGAGCGGGAAUGAAAAAGAAGUGUUUGAAAUUGAAAAUAUCACGAACAUCGUCCUGAAGAAGUCCAUGGCUGAUGUUACGGACCUUUCCUUCAAGCUUACUAUCACAGUUAACGAUGGACGCUUCACCGAUACCACCAAACUGUUAGUAACAGUCCUAGAAUAACACAAGGGAUAGCAGAAAUAUUUUUCUACUGUACGCCGUUUUAAGUGUUCCUUCAAUCUGUGCUAUUAUGAACAAAUUUUCUACAAACAAAUAUUCAUGUGUUGACACCUUGUAUUUACACCUUGUAUUUAGGCCUUGUGUUAUUGUUUUCGGGGAAGUGUCAACCUUCAUAAUGGAGCUUUAUUCCCAUAAUUUGAGUUUACAUUAUCAAUUAAUGUGUAUAUAUGUUUAAUGCUGGUCAAUACGAUGAAUAAAUGGUAAGUCAG